AAAUGAAUUAGGAGCACCACGUAGUCUUUCACAAUAGACAAGGCUGAGGACUUCCCCGGCUUCCUUUCACUUUUCGAAGGAGGUGCCGAGUCAAUUUACUGUCAGUGGAAAUGCAGAUACCGACGAAUACAUAGCUCCUUUCAAUUACGUGCAUGUCUCCGCAGAAGUCCAAUCACAAUUGCGCCGACAUUCGCAGAAACUCUUGAGCCACAGUAGAAACCAUGGGUGGUAGAAACAGCAAAUCCUAUUCCACCAAGGAAAAGGGGUCCAAAAAGGCUGCAGUCGAGCCCAAACCAGGUAAAGCAGAUAAAUCCGAGUAUAUCGAGGGUGUCGUCUGCAAGGCGAGCGAGAUCGCCGAAAAUGAGAUGAAGACGCUUCCCCUGGGGGAUGAGGGUGGAAAGAUCCUUCUUAUAAAGCAGAAGGGUGAGCUGCAUGCAAUAGGCACCAAAUGCACCCACUACGGAGCCCUUCUGCAUACGGGAGCACUAGGAGAAGGGCGAGUGAGAUGUCCCUGGCACGGAGCCUGCUUCAACAUCAAAACAGGCGACAUUGAGGACUACCCUGGCUUGGAUUCCCUCCCCUGCUACAAAGUCACCGUGACCAACGGCAACGUGAAGGUUCAGGCACGACGAAAGGAUCUGGAUGCCAACAGACGGAUCAAGGAAUUCUCCUGUAAACUUGAUAAUCAGAAAACUGUUGUCAUUGUUGGAGGAGGACCAGCCGCUGCAACUUGUGCCGAGACUCUUCGUCACGAGGGAUUUCCAGGUCGGGUUAUCAUGGUCUGCAAGGAGCCAGUGCUACCGUAUGACAGGAUAAAAGUUUCAAAGGCCAUGGACUUCGACAUUGAGAAGUCACUUUUAAGACCCCAGAGUUUCUAUGACGAAAGGAGAAUCGAGACGAAAUUAUCUACUGAAGCAGUUAGCCUGGACGCAGCUGAAAAGACAAUAACUCUGAAUAAUGGGGCGAUCCUGAGGUACGACUACGCCUUCUUAGCAACCGGUAGCAAGCCCAGAAGGCCCACUGUUCCCGGAUCAGACCUAAGGAAUAUUUUCGUUCUGAGAAAUCAAUCAGACGCAGCGGAAACAUUCGCCCAAUUGUCUCCUGAUAAACACGUCAUCGUUCUUGGCCAGAGCUUCAUUGGGAUGGAGGCAGCUGCCUACUGCUCUAAUAAAGUCGCCUCUGUAACGGUCGUGGGAAGGGACAAAACCCCUCUCAAAGCUGUCUUCGGAGAGGACAUUGGGAACAAAGUAAGGGAAGAGUUUGAGGACAAGGGAAUCAAGUUCAUGUUCGAGACGAACAUUGAGAGAUUUAUUGGGAAAGAAGAUGGCAGUCUGAGUCAGGUUGAACUCACCACUGGGGAGGUACUGCCAGCUGAUAUUGUCAUCGCUGGGAUUGGCUCGACGUUGUAUACGGACUGGAUCAAGGGCUCCUCCGUGGAGAUGAGGGGUGAUGGCUCUGUUGUUGUGGAUAAUCACCUCAAGACGAGUGUCGAAGGGGUGUACGCUGGAGGAGAUAUAGCUUUUGCCCCUGUCUUCGCGUCCAAUGAUGAACCCGCUGGGAUUGGACACUUUCCCCUGGCACAUUAUCACGGCAGAAUCGCUGCCCUCAAUAUCUGUGGGAAGGAUACUAUGCUCAGGGCUGUUCCCUUUUUCUGGACCACAUUGUUUGGAAAGAGUUAUCGAUAUGCAGGUCAUGGGGCCGCCAGUAGCAUAAAAAUUCACGGAUCCCUGGAGACCUCAAAAUUUUUCGCUUAUCACUACAAAAAUGGUAAGGUCAUUGCCAUGAGCAGCGUGGGAAUGGAUCCAAUAGUAUCAGACUUCGCUGAAUACCUCCACGAGGGAAAGAGCCUAACUCAAGAACAAGUGGAGGCUGAUCCCAUCGGCUGGAUGAGGAACAAGCCCCUUGACGCCCUGAAAACCUUCUUCCCCGAGAAGUUCUCCUCGUCGAUGGAGAGCUGUGAGAGUCAACAAAAAAGGGCCUAUCAUACUUUAGCCAUAAGUCAACGAAAUGUUAACAACUGUCGACUGAAUUAUUACACAAUGAAUGUGUCCAGACUGCUGUUUAAAUCUUUUCGGAGACUCGUCCGUCCUUGAUUAUUCAUAAGUGAGGGAAAUUUGUUAUUGUUAUAAGCAAGUGAUCAACUCGCACUAAUAAUUUUACAAAAAAUACUUUUCUAUAUUUUUCAUAAAGACCACUUGUAGUCGAUUGGAGCAAAUUAGUUUGAAAAAAUUCUACAAUUGAUAUUUCUGUUGACUAAUUUCUACUGAAUUACUUUUGUCAGUGGCUCGAGAGAUUAAUAAAUCACAAAGUAAUAAA